UUUAUGCGAAGGGCGGAAAAACCUGCGCGAUGCGCGUCGAUGCUGAUCCCCGGACUGGGAAUCGGGUGGGAUCGCAUUUAUGAAUCCUGACAGGGAGCGCACGCCUCAUUCCGCAGCAGAUCGCUCCUCUCGGGCGCCUCCUCGCACAUUUCGCCACAAAUGCGUACGGCGGAAGGGAGGGGGGAGGAUAGCAUGGAUUUAAUACCAGGCUGUCUGCCCGUGGUGCGGUACUCUCGUAAUUGACAGUGUUUAAACGUAAUAAUAAUCAUCAUCAUAAUAAAGCUACAGUGUGCCUCCCUCGGACGCUGUCCCAGGUACCGAAAGCCCGGUAUGCCUUCCUGCGGCAACUCAGCGAGUUGAGACGGAGCGCCGUUUUCAGUUGAGACGAGAAGACGACGGGUAAGGGGGGGGGCACACUGACGCAAAGGCUAAAUAAAUGCACGCCGCUGUGGGUACAUACAGCGUUAAAGACUAAAUGGGAUCGCACGUCCUCCGAGCAGAAUGUAAAGGCUGUUUAAAGCAUGGGGAAGACUGACGUGCCCUCCGCUGUACUACUGCCGCUGCUGCUGCUGCUGCUCUGCCUCGGCGCCUCCUGGGUUAAUGCCGAUAGUCUGUCGGCCCCCCUCAAUGUGACGAUCCGGGCCCUCAAGGUGAACUCGGCCGUGGUGACGUGGGACAUCCUCGAUGGCGACCCCGUCAUCGGCUUCGCCAUCACCCAGCAGAAGAAGGAUGUGCGCAUGCUGCGAUUCAUCCAGGAAGUGAACACCACCACGCGCUCCUGUGCAUUGUGGGACUUGGAGGAGGACACGGAGUAUAUAGUGCACGUGCAAUCCAUCAGCAUGCGUGGCACCAGCCCUCCCAGCGAUCCUGUGCUUUUCCGUACUCCUAGGGAGGCCGAGAAGCUAGCAUCGAAGAGCCCAGAUGAGGUGACCAUGGAGGAGGUGGGACAGGCCACUCAGCUACGGGCGGGAGAGCUCAUCAUUAUCGUCGUGGUGCUGAUCAUGUGGGCAGGAGUGAUCGCCCUCUUCUGCCGACAGUAUGACAUCAUCAAAGACAACGAACCCAACAACAACAAGGACAAGGCCAAGAACUCGUCUGAGUGCAGUACUCCGGAGCACCCGACGGGGGGGCUGCUACGGAGCAAGUUCCCCAAAAACAAGCGGAAACCAUCAGUGAACAUCAUUGAGGUUUGACUGGUCAUCUACAUGCUAAAGACUUUAUAACAAAAAAAAAAACAAAAAAAAAAAACAAAAAAACCAUCAAAGAACAUAAACCGAUGGGCCGAGUGCCCCUGUGCAUGCUGGGAAGAGCCACAGGAUCGGAUCGUCGUCAGAUCAUUCCCCUGCAUGGUAGACAUGACUCUGGUCGUGGGGGCUCCGUGCCAACGGUUGCAGGGGCUCCAGCUUUUAAAGAACUAGAAGGGAUGGUCCUUUACACAGAGUCCACCUCCACGGUCCAGCACCACAGCGCAGAGCUGUAUCUCCUAGCAUGCAGGAAGAAGGCACCAGCUUGGGUUGAUGGUGGUUGGGCCUCUCUUUGUUGCCUGUUAUUCCACAGCGGAUCAGUCUAUGGGGUUGGGUUGCACCAGCUCCACGACUUACUGUAAAUCCGUCCCCAACAAUCUCUUAAGCGCAGGGUUGGUCCAACUCGCUCCCUCUCAGGGCAUCUGUAGGGUUUGUCCGGGGGACUCGGUGGUGUCCUGCUCAGAGAGAUCCCAGCUCAUCCUCCUCCCCAAAUGAGCGUGUGCGCGUGCGUGCUCCAGUCCUCUGUCGGGCACUAUAUCCCGCUAUAUCUUUCGCCAGAGGGUUACGGCGGUGUGAUAUUUCUCACGUCGAGAUGAGUCUGAUAAACACAUAAUUGCACAGCACUCGCAACGUCUGUCCGUUAAUCCUGGUUAUUCCCUUCAUUUGUACCCUCUUACCGUUGAUUACAAUAAUUACCGCUGACAAAGAUAACUGUUCCAUCCUGGGAUGCGUUUUCAAACCGUUUAUGUAUUUAAAGGUGCCUUCCUCCAGGCAUCGCCUUUCUGUCUGUUCCGUCUCCUUUAAUGAAGUCUGACAAACCCAGUCGCGUCAGUGUUGCGUUUCCCAGCAGGGAGCUGGAGGUCAGUUAUUUACUUACAGCGAGACUGAACCGGAAAGGAAAACACCAACAAAACAAACGUUCAGGCGCUAUUGAGGAAAAGGACUUUUUUGUAUCAACUCCGUAGGGGAGAGACAUGCCUGUAGUCAUCGUCAGGCGGGACUGAUUAUCUCCGAGCAAUAACUUACAGCGGAGAAGAGCGGGUGACCUGGCCCCGCCCCCAUUGACAAAGGGCCGCCAGCAUCCUGCGUCCAGUCUCUGGCCUCUCUUUCUGCUCUCCCAGCACACACUUCGCAAUGGAGUUCCUAGCCAUUAGGGAGAAGUGCCAGCCCUCAAUCAGACACAGACAAAAUUUGUAAAAAUGUUGUUUUUUAUUUAAUCACCUGCUUUUCAUCUUUUUGUACUUUUCUCUGAGAUGCCCUUAAGUGUCAGGCUGCUACCGUCCACCCUGCCGGAUGUGGGACAUGAAGCUGGUUUGCAGUAUGUCUAUGAAAACAUGCAGUAUGUUUUGUAUAUUUUCCCAGCUUUGUACAGUAAGAAGCCCGGGUGCAAAGGCUUAUGGGGCACCUCCGUCGUCAGUGGCGAUGCUGCCUCCCGUGGGGCCGCAGCCGUACGGAUGUGUGGGCCUCCUGCAAACACGGCACUACUGUUAUUCAUCUCUACAGAGCCGCAGUCUGUUCACCGCCGCUGCUGCCGCUAAACCUAAUGUCACUUAAAAAAAAAAAAAAAGCAUACAAAGCCAUUCUAUGCUGAGAAAAAGGCUGAAAGCGCAGUAAGGUAAGAAGACACGGUUGGUCUGGCAGGGCAGGCUCCAUGAUUGGUCACAGCACAGUGCCCCUGUCCCCAUCCUGAAGGAUUCUGGGUACUAUCGCUGCUGGGUUCCAACGCGCCGUCAUCAGGUUGGCUGGUGACAGACGGCUCCCCCGGGCUUCACACCGCCACACUCCUGCCAACCCUGUCCACAUCUGCAGCUACGUCUCGCCCGCCCACCCAGCACUCAGCCAAGAUGGAGUAUUUCUGUUUUUAACGGCUGAUAAUUAACCUUGGCUGAGCGGGGAGGAGGCAGCCGGUGACAUGAGAAAUAGGCAAUAUUAAUAUUCCGGUCCUGGCAGCUUAUAUAAGCAAAGUGGAAGGUGGUGGUGGGGGGGGGUACAUGGUUCCAGAAAUGAAUGAUGACUUUCUGCUGCUAGGAGUUAUCCCCCCCACUCUGAAUCCCCCCCAAGCCCAAUGCUUCUUUGCCAUGUAAAUGACGAACGCUUUAGAGUGAACGCAGGCUGGACCUAUGAAGAAGUAUGACUUAUGCGGGCGGCGUCUGCAUGACGCUAAUGCGAAGAGACAGUGGCAGACAUUGGCAUUUGACCAAAUGGUGGUGAGGAAGGGCUCUGCUGUUGUACCCCUGAGCGGGGAGCUUAAAAUUAGUGUCUACAGUCUGUCAAGCAGCUGAAGUAUAACGCAUCUUGUCACCUCGGAUUUAUUAUUCUGCUAAGCAGCUAAAACAAUUUAAAUAUAACCCUACAAACUCAAUAGCCCCCAUCUUUCAGCUUAAAUGUUACUGAUGAAAAAUAAUCAUGACCCAGUUCAGUACAUCCUUUGAUUACUGUCAUAUUCUCUGCCAUUUUAUUUCUUAGCACUUGCAGCUUUGCAUACAUGCUGUAUGUCCUUAAGUGGGUGUAGCAGAUUUCACAAAGUACUUAUUUCACCUUAUUUCUAUAUGUGUUGGUAGCACUUGGACAUGGGAUUUGUAGUCUUUUACAUUUUCUGCACCAACCCCCCUCCCCCCUCCUGUCCUCAUGCUCAUCAACAGCAUUCCAGGUGCACCCCACCAAUGGAUGUUUCUCAGACCACUGUAACUGAUCCAUGACCAAUAUAACCUGCCCCCCCCCUCCCCCCAUCAGUUCUGCUCAUUACUGAUGUGCGUUUUAAACGACAGCUUCUCAGCCACCAUGUUAAAAGGUCCACAAUCCCCCCUGGGGACGACGUUGGUGACAUAUUAAUCUGCACGUGGAACACGACAUGCUUUAUUGCAGGCGGGAGACACCAAUUGGAAGCUGAGAAUCCAGCGUCCUGUUCUCCGUGCCCGUCGUGAGGGUCGACGGUUACCAUGGCGAGGGAGAACAAAGAGACCGUGGGCAGCGAGGUGCUGACAGAGAACCGUCCCCUCAAGAUCGGCGAACUCUCAUUUUGCUUUGGAUCAAAGCAGCGAACGCACGCACAGACCUGGACUUGCAUCCCAACAGCGGAAGUCUCGACGUUAGUGAUCCACAGAAAACUGUGUACCUCUGAAAUGGUCAGACGAUAACACAACCAGAAACAAGACUGUUUCCAAAGACACGUGGAUGUCUGUGUGUGUGUCUGUGUGUGUGUGUGUGUGUGGGGGGGUGUUUUGUGUAAAGUAUACAAUUUAUAUUUAACAUACGGAAUUCAUAUUAACUGCUGAAAGAGGGCCAGCAUGGUUCUGUAUAAAUAAGCCCAUAUGGUAUCUCUUUAAAGAACUGCGUAUAUGCUUAAUCAUGUAUUUAACUUCAAUUUAAUAAAGUUAUCCGAUAUUUUCAAUGCCAA